AUGGCGCUUAAGGAUGUGCGGGAGGUAAAGGAGGAGAACACCCUGAAUGAGAAGCUUUUCUUGCUGGCGUGCGACAAGGGUGACUAUUAUAUGGUUAAAAAGAUUUUGGAGGAAAGCAGUUCAGGUGACUUGAACAUAAAUUGCGUAGAUGUGCUUGGGAGAAAUGCUGUUACAAUAACUAUUGAAAAUGAAAAUUUGGAUAUACUACAGCUACUUUUGGACUACGGUUGUCAGAAACUAAUGGAGCAGAUUCAGAAUCCUGAGUAUUCAACAACUAUGGACAUUGCACCUGUCAUUUUAGCUGCUCAUCAUAACAACUAUGAAAUUCUUACAAUGCUGUUAAAACAGGAUGUGUCUCUACCUAAGCCCCAUGCAGUUGGCUGUGAAUGCACAUUGUGUUCUGCAAAAAACAAAAAGGACAGCCUCCGACAUUCCAGGUUUCGUCUUGAUAUAUAUCGUUGUUUGGCCAGCCCAGCUCUAAUAAUGUUAACAGAGGAAGAUCCAAUUCUGAGAGCAUUUGAACUUAGUGCUGAUUUAAAAGAACUAAGCCUUGUGGAGGUGGAAUUCAGGAACGAUUAUGAGGAACUAGCCCAGCAAUGUAAAAUGUUUGCUAAAGAUUUGCUUGCACAAGCCCGGAAUUCACGUGAAUUGGAAGUUAUUCUAAACCAUACAUCUAGUGAUGAGCCUCUUGACAAACGAGGAUUAUUAGAAGAAAGAAUGAAUCUAAGUCGUCUAAAACUUGCUAUCAAAUAUAACCAAAAGGAGUUUGUCUCCCAGUCUAACUGCCAACAGUUUUUGAACACUGUUUGGUUUGGACAGAUGUCAGGUUACCGACGUAAGCCUACCUGUAAGAAGAUAUUGACUGUUUUAACAGUUGGCAUCUUGUGGCCACUUUUGUCACUUUGCUAUUUGAUAGCUCCCAAAUCUCAAUUUGGCAGAAUCAUUCAUACACCCUUUAUGAAAUUUAUUAUUCAUGGAGCAUCAUAUUUCACAUUCUUGCUGUUACUAAACCUAUAUUCUCUUGUCUACAAUGAGGAUAAGAAAAACACUAUGGGACCAGCCCUUGAAAGAAUAGACUAUCUUCUUAUACUGUGGAUUAUUGGGAUGAUUUGGUCAGACAUUAAAAGACUCUGGUAUGAAGGGUUGGAAGAUUUUUUAGAAGAAUCUCGUAAUCAACUCAGUUUUGUCAUGAAUUCUCUUUAUUUGGCAACCUUUGCCCUGAAAGUGGUUGCUCACAACAAGUUUCAUGACUUCGCUGAUCGGAAAGAUUGGGAUGCAUUUCAUCCUACAUUGGUGGCAGAAGGGCUGUUUGCAUUUGCAAAUGUUCUGAGUUAUCUUCGGCUCUUUUUCAUGUAUACAACAAGCUCUAUCUUGGGUCCAUUACAGAUUUCAAUGGGACAGAUGCUUCAAGAUUUUGGAAAAUUUCUUGGGAUGUUCCUUCUUGUUUUGUUUUCAUUCACAAUUGGAUUGACACAACUGUAUGAUAAAGGCUAUACUCCAAAAGAGCAGAAGGACUGUGUGGGCAUCUUUUGUGAGCAGCAGAGCAACGACACCUUCCAUUCGUUCUUUGGCACUUGCUUUGCUUUGUUCUGGUAUAUUUUCUCCUUAGCACAUGUGGCAAUCUUUGUCACAAGAUUCAGCUACGGAGAAGAAUUACAGUCCUUUGUGGGAGCUGUCAUUGUUGGCACGUACAACGUGGUGGUUGUGAUUGUGCUCACCAAGCUGCUAGUGGCAAUGCUGCACAAGAGCUUUCAGUUGAUAGCAAAUCAUGAAGACAAAGAAUGGAAGUUUGCCCGCGCAAAGUUGUGGCUUAGUUACUUUGAUGACAAAUGUACAUUACCCCCACCUUUCAACAUCAUUCCUUCACCAAAAACCAUCUGCUACAUGAUUAGUAGCCUCAGUAAAUGGAUUUGCUCUCAUACAUCAAAAGGCAGGGUUAAACGGCAAAACAGUCUAAAGGAAUGGAGAAAUUUGAAACAAAAGAGAGAUGAAAACUACCAAAAAGUGAUGUGCUGCUUGGUACAUCGUUACUUGACUUCCAUGAGACAGAAGAUGCAAAGCACAGAUCAGGCAACUGUAGAAAAUCUAAAUGAACUGCGCCAAGAUCUGUCAAAAUUCCAAAAUGAGAUAAGGGAUUUACUUGGCUUUCGAACUUCUAAAUAUGCUAUGUUUUAUCCAAGGAACUAA